AUGGGCUACUUGCCCAGGUGUCUCAUAAGGGAGCAGGGACAAGGGCAAGAGCCUGUCGUCCAGGAUGCUACAGGCAAGGCUGUGGGCAAGGGCGAGCACCUGCUGCUCUGGCUGACGGCUGUCUUGGGGGUGAGCAUGCAAACCUGCCUCUCCACUGCCCUCCUGGAGACGGUCACCCCACCCCUGCCCACCCACACCACUGUCCUGGAGAGGGCCAGCCAGCCCUCCCCCACCCAGGAAGACAGACGCUGGGGUGAGGACAGUGCAGGACAAAAGACGGGACUACAGAAAAAUGUAAUGUUUCUGGAGCACCAGGUUCCGUACAGAGGGUGGCCUGAUUGUAGGCUGGGACCUGGGGACCAGAACGUUCAGAAGGGUGACAAGGGGCCCUUGGACAUGGAGGCAGUGGAUGAAAGCAGAAUGAGAUGUGUGGUCAAGAUGGAAAGGCAGGCACUCGGCCCAGCGUCUUGGCAGCAGUUGGAUCUGAAGAUGGCACUCAGGGCCCUGUGGGGCAGCCUCAGCCUGCUGCGCCUGCUGUGGUGUCUCCUUCCACAGACGGGCUAUGUGCAUCCAGAUGAGUUCUUCCAGUCACCCGAGGUCAUGGCAGAGGACAUCCUGGGUAUAGAAGCUGCACGGCCGUGGGAGUUUCACCCUGCCAGCUCCUGCCGCACGGUGGUCUUCCCACUGCUGACCUCCGGCUCUGCUUUCUGGCUUCUCAGGCUCUGGGAACAGUGGGGGCCAUGGCCAGGCCCAGUGAGUGGCUAUGUGCUGCUGGUAGGACCCCGGCUCCUCCUCACUGCCCUCUCCUUUGCCCUGGACACGGCCGUGUACCACCUGGCCCCACUGUGGGGGUCGGAGCGCUGGAAUGCCCUGGCCCUGCUGUCUGGUUCCUAUGUCACCCUGGUCUUCUACACAAGGACCUUCUCCAACGCCAUCGAGGGACUGCUCUUUGCCGGGCUACUGAUACUGGUGUCCCCCCGGUUAGCUUGGAGCCCCACACCCAAGAAGCCUGCUCCGGGCCCGUGGUGGCACAGCUGGCUUCUUGGAGGUGUCGUGGCUGCUGGCUUCUUCAACCGGCCCACGUUUCUGGCCUUCGCUCUGGUCCCACUCUUCCUCUGGAGCAUUUGUGAGGCCACAAACCCUGGCUUCAGGUCACUGACGAAGGAAGCCCUGGAGCUGCUCCCAGGGGCGACCCUCGUGGCGGCGGUGUUUGUGGCCGUGGACAGCUGGUAUUUCUCCAGUCCAUCUAGACCCAGCACCCUUGUUCUUACACCCGCCAACUUCUUGUACUACAACCUGGAUCCUCAAAACCUGGCGAGGCAUGGCACGCACAUGCGGCUGACCCACCUGGCCGUCAACGGUUUCCUGCUCUUUGGGAUGCUGCACGCCCAGGCCCUGCAGGCUGCAUGGCAGCAGCUGCAAGCCUGCCUCUGGGCCUUCACACGAACGGGCUUCCCAGGGGCUCCGGGUGGCCGGAGCCUGCUGCCCAGCCCCAGGUCUCGCCUCCUGCUCCUCUACUUCACGCCUCUGGCCCUGCUGUCUGCCUUUAGCCACCAGGAGGCUAGGUUCCUGAUCCCCCUUCUGGUCCCCCUAGUCCUGCUCUGUAGUCCACAGACCCAAUCUGUGCCCUGCAAGGGCAGCCUGGUCCUCUUCAACAGCCUGGGUGCCCUCUUCUUUGGCUGCCUGCACCAGGGGGGCCUGGUGCCUGGCCUGGAGCACCUGGAGCAGGUGGUUCACACCCCCGUGCUCCCAAGCAAGCCUACCCACUACACAUUCCUCUUCACCCACACCUACAUGCCCCCCCGGCACCUGCUGCACCUCCCGGGCCUGGGCUCGUCUGUGGAGGUGGUGGACAUGGGUGGGACUGAGGACUGGGUCCUGUGCCGCGCCCUGAACAACUUCACCAGACAGCCAGCCUGCCAGGUGGCUGGUGGGCCGUGGCUCUGCCGCCUUUUUGUGGUGACUCCUGGCACCACCAGGCCCGCCAUGGAGAAGUGCCAUUUCCCAUUCAAGAGUGAGACACUCAUGUUUCCCCACUUGACCCUGGAAGAUCCACCAGCCCUGUCCUCUCUGUUGAGUAGGGCUUGGAGGGACCAUCUCAGCCUUCACAUCCUGGAACUGGGGGAAAAGCCUGACAAUGUGACAGAAAAGCCAUUGCCUGAAACGCAGCCAUAGGUGAAGGCACCAUUCCACUUUCUAUGUGGGUAGAGGCCUGGGACGGAGCCCUACUUCCCUUCCAUUCCUUUCCCUUCCAGAAUUCCCACCACUGCCUCUCCUGUGCAGAGGCUUUGGCUGCUCUACCUUCUGGGUAAGCUGGCACCUUUUUCCCCUUAAAGACCAAAGAUCUGACCAGUCACAAUCCUGAUGCCAAGGUCCCCAAAGAACCUUGUAUAACCAA